CUGUGGUAGUGGUAGAAUGAAGUGGGUGUGAGAACGAAGAGCAAAUAAUCUGCAAAUUUAAGCUGUUUUUUUGCCGUAUUAUCAACGGGUAGUGAUCGCGAUCAAUAAUACCACUUCAUCGUCGUCGAUCACGUGCGAUCAGUUAUCGUUUUUCGAUCACUACCAUCAUCUUCGGUCAACUGUGGUCACGUUGCAGCUACGAAAUGUCGGAGAAUGAUAAGAAACGCAACAAGCCUGAUGAUACCAAUACAUCGCCGAUCCAAGACAUCUCCAAUCGCGACCUGGCUAAGCUGAUUGCGGAGCAGACCAAAACAACAAAACAACAGUUCAACCAACUAGGAGAAGAACUUCGCAAUGAGCUGAAACAAGGACUGAUGGGGAUCAACCAGGAGCUUAGGGAUGUCAGAUCUAGCUUGGAGCAGAUAAAACUGGAUGUUAUGGACAACACCGAGGCGAUUGCUCGCACUGAGCGAUCCAGCGACCUGAUCGUCAGCGGAGUGCCGUACACCCGUGAAGAAGACCUGUACAGCUAUUUUCGGCAUUGGUGUCUGGCCUUGGGAUACACUCAGCACUCAGUUCCUUCCGUGGAUAUUCGACGCCUCACCAGGGUACCUCUGAACGAUGGCAACAACUGUUUGAUCCUGCUGCAGUUUGCCAUCCCUAAUCAGAAAAACGAUUUCUACAGCAAAUAUUUACGCUCGCAUUCGCUCACUCUGAGGCAAGUCGGGUUUCAAACGGACAGUCGAGUUUACGUCAAUGAAAGCUUGACUCCGUCUGCGAGGAAAAUCAAGGCCAAAGCUAUGGAACUGAAGAAGGAGGGAAAACUGGCCAGUGUGUUCUCCCGGAGUGGUGUGAUCCAUGUGAAAGCCGCUUCUUCCGACCAGAGUCUCCAGAUCAAAACAACAGAAGAUCUGCAACGGUUCCAACGUCAAUUACCCCUUUCCAAAUAGUUUUUCUUUUCCUUCAUCUUCCAUUCCUUUUAUUCCUUUCCAAUCUCCUCUCCUGAAAGUUAAACAAGCUAGACCUUUCCAUUCAAGUUAUUCUCGUCCUUCCAAUCCUAUCCUUUUUUCCUUUGACUCCCCUCCUGAAAGUUAUGCUGUUCGAGAAGAAGGAGUUGUAUGUUGCUGUGCCGCUGUGGAUGCCUGCUGCUGGUGUUGCUGUGCCGCUGUGGAUGACUGCUGCUGGUGUUGCUGUGAUGUUGCUGUGGCCAAAUCGCUGUCGUCGCCGAAGUCGAAGAUGAUACAAGUAUUUCUCUUAUUAUUAUUAUUGUUAUUCCAAAAUCAUUUGUAGAUGAAUGCGCUUUUGUUUAAAGUAUUUGUGGUUAAAGUACAGAUCGUGAAG